CCGUUUAUAAGGGGAGCUGGGCCAACAUUCCGUCCUCUUCCUUCAAGUCGGCGUCCCUUCUGAGAGCUCGUCCAUCCUGGAGUGGCUGGUGGGGACGUGAGGGAUUGGAGAGAACACCGGAGGGAGAAGAGUGGGGAAGGGAAGGCAGGCUGCCAAGCAGGGCACUGCUUCCCAUUGAAAAGGGAAGUCUGCUGACGUCUAAUUAAAGUUAACAUCCUUUCAUGUCCAACUUUUGACUUCAGAAACAAGAAUGAACUUUGCGGAGGAAGAGAGCUCCAAGAGAUACUGCAUUAGAGCCAAGCAUGUGGCCAUCAUCUGUGCUGUGGUGGUGGCCGUAGGGUUAAUAGUGGGGCUUUCUGUGGGCUUGACCAGGUCGUGUGAUUCCGCAGAGCCGGCCCCUUCGCAGCUCCCUCCGUCUGCCAGCACCCCCCAGGACCAGGCUGUCUGCCCUGAUAGUGACGAUGAAACUGGAGGGUGGAGAGACUUCAGGCUGCCCGACUUCAUCAACCCGGUUCACUACGACCUGGAGGUGAAACCGCUGAUGGAGGAGGACAGGUACACCGGCAAAGUGAGCAUCUUCAUCAAUGUGAGCAAGUCCACACCUUACCUGUGGCUGCACAUCAGGGAGACCAAAAUCACUCGGCUGCCGGAGCUGAGGCGGCCCUCCGGGGAGCAGGUGCCAAUCGUGCGGUGCUUUGAGUACAAACAACAGGAAUAUGUGGUGGUCCAGGCUGGAGAAGACCUUCCUGCCACUGACGGUGCUGCUUUCUACGUUCUGACCAUGGAGUUCGCAGGCUGGCUGAACGGCUCCCUGGUGGGGUUUUACAGAACCACCUACACGGAGAACGGGCAAGUCAAGAGUAUAGCAGCCACGGACCAUGAGCCGACUGAUGCCAGGAAGUCCUUCCCUUGCUUUGACGAACCCAACAAAAAGGCAACUUACAAUAUAUCCAUCAUUCACCCUGCAGAAUACAAAGCACUUUCAAAUAUGCCAGUAGAGAAAGAAGAAUCAGUGGAUGACAAAUGGAAACGAACCAUUUUUAUGAAGUCUGUCCCCAUGAGUACCUACCUGGUGUGCUUUGCUGUACAUCAAUUCAUCCCCAUACAGAAAUUAUCGCAAAGGGGCAAACCGCUCACUAUUUAUGUCCAGCCAGCACAAAAAGAGACGGCCGAAUAUGCUGCAAACAUAACUAAAACCGUGUUUGAUUUUUUUGAAGACUACUUUGCUAUGAACUAUUCUCUUCCUAAACUAGACAAAAUCGCUAUUCCAGAUUUUGGCACCGGUGCCAUGGAGAACUGGGGACUCGUCACUUACAGAGAAACAAACCUGCUUUAUGAUCCAAGCCAAUCAGCCUCAUCCAACCAACAAAGGGUGGCCAGUGUGAUUGCCCAUGAACUUGUGCACCAGUGGUUUGGAAAUAUUGUGACCAUGGACUGGUGGGAUGACUUGUGGCUAAAUGAAGGAUUUGCUUCUUUCUUCGAGUUCUUGGGAGUAAAUCAUGCAGAAAAAGACUGGCAAAUGCUUGAACAAGUGUUACUUGAGGAUGUGUUACCUGUGCAAGAAGAUGAUUCUUUAAUGUCUUCACACCCAAUUGUUGUUACUGUGUCAACUCCCGCUGAAAUAACUUCUGUGUUUGAUGGAAUAUCAUACAGCAAGGGAGCUUCUAUUCUGAGAAUGCUUCAAGACUGGAUAACACCAGAUAAUUUUCAAAAAGGUUGCCAGAUUUACUUGAAAAAAUUUCAAUUCAAGAAUGCAAAAACUUCAGACUUUUGGGAGUCGCUGGAAGAGGCAAGCAAUCUACCAGUGAAAGAAGUGAUGGACACCUGGACUAGUCAGAUGGGUUAUCCUGUGCUUAAUGUGAACAACAGGCAAAAUAUCAUACAGAAACGCUUUCUGUUGGACUCCAAAGCUGAUCCUUCUCAGCCACCAUCUGCCCUUGGUUACACAUGGAAUAUUCCAGUUAAAUGGAGUGAAAAUGUUUCAAAUACCGUAAUCUACAAUAGGUCAGAAAAGGAAGGAAUCACUUUGAACUCUAAUCCUAGUGGAAAUGCUUUUCUCAAAAUAAACCCAGAUCAUAUUGGGUUUUAUCGUGUAAAUUAUGAAGCAUCAACUUGGGGCUGGAUAGCUGAAAAUCUCUCUUCAAAUCACAAGGACUUUUCCUCUGCUGACCGUGCAAGUUUUAUCGAUGAUGCAUUUGCCUUGGCAAGAGCUCAACUUUUGGAUUAUAAGACAGCUCUGAACUUGACCAUGUAUCUUAAGUCAGAAGAGGGAUUUUUGCCAUGGCAGAGAGUCAUUUCAGCUUUAACCUACAUCAUUAGCAUGUUUGAAGAUGAUAAAGAGCUGUACCCCAGGAUGGAGGAAUACUUCCAGGGUCAAGUGAAGCCCAUUGCAGAUUCUCUGGGAUGGCAGGAUGCUGGAAACCACAUCACAAAGUUACUCCGUGCCUCUGUAUUAGAGUUUGCAUGCAAGAUGGGAGACAGAGAUGCCCUGGGCAAUGCUUCCAAGUUAUUUGAGGACUGGCUAACUGGGACUGAAAGCGUUCCAGUGAAUCUCCGGCUUCUGGUAUACCGGUAUGGGAUGAAGAAUGCCGGCAAUGAGGCCGCUUGGAACCACACUCUAGAGCAGUACCAGAAAACCUCCCUUGCACAGGAGAAAGAAAAGCUGCUCUAUGGAUUAGCUUCAGUGAACGACAUCAGUCUUUUGUCAAGGUAUUUGGAAAUGCUUAAGAACCCAAACAUCAUUAAAUCUCAGGAUGUGUUCACAGUCAUCCGAUACAUCUCAUAUAACAGCUAUGGGAAGACUAUGGCCUGGAACUGGAUCCAGCUCAACUGGGAAUAUCUGGUCAGCAGAUACACACUCAAUGACAGAAACCUCGGUCGGAUUGUUACCAUAGCAGAACCCUUCAACACUGAACUGCAACUUUGGCAGAUGAUGAGCUUUUUUGAAAAAUAUCCAGAUGCGGGAGCUGGAGAAACACCUAGACAACAAGUACUGGAAACAGUCAGGAACAACAUUGAGUGGCUGAAGCAAAACAGAGACUCCAUAGGUGAAUGGUUCCGUAGUUUGCCACAGCGUGGCUGAUGUGUUCAAGGGUUGUGAUUCUGUGACGGCUGUUUUUCCCUCCAGCCUGUGGUAGUCUGCUUUACAGGCUGCAGAGGGAGCCUUAGAGAUUCUGCUUUCGCCAAGGACUGUAUUUAUGUCUCACAAAGCUUUUAAAUGAUUCCUCUUUGUUUUCAAAGGAAGACACUAAUAGAGUGCUUAAUAUACUCAGGGAUUUCUGUUAAGUGUACUUCACAUGAGCUUCUUCACAAACUAAAGAGUUUAAUAGUCACAUUAAUGUCUUUAAAUAUCAUUCUUUGUAUCUUAAAUCUGUGAAAAGAGAACAAUUUGGUCUUAGCUUUACAUUUUUAGUACCAAAGAAACACCACUUAAUCUUCUCUCUUGAUUGAUUUUUAAAGUUUAAAUACCAGUACUUGUGGGACAUAUUACCAUUUUAAUCUUUAUUUUAUUAUUCAGAAUUACAUAGACCUAAUAUCAUUUUAUUCACAUGUGCCUUACUGCUUUAAAUCCUACCAAAGUAACCUGGGCUUAAGUUUUUCUCAAGGAUUGAAUGAAUGAGCCAAAGAAAUGACUGACUGUUGCCUAUGCCUUUACAAAUCAAUAAGAGAAUGCUGUAUUCCUUAAAGAAAUAAAUCUAAAUUAUUACCUUGAAAAA